CUUUCUUUCUUUCUUUUAUGUCUUCCAUUUCCUCCUCUUCCUCACCUCACUACCACCAACUGAACUCAACUUCUCUACAUUUGGGUUUCACUCUCUUCCUUCUCUCUGCUCUGCUCUGCUCUUUCUUCUAACAAAGAGCAUUGAAGCAACAGAGAAAGCUUGAAAUUAACAAACUCUGUAUUUUUCUGUGUGUUUCUGGGAAGCUGAGGCAGUGAAGAAAAUGCCCCACGCUACUGGCAAAUCAAUGCAAGAAAUGGGCUUUGAUUCUCUCACGAGCCGCUUCCGUGACUCACUGAGUUACAACAGCGACACCAACAAUAAGAACAAGCCCGAUUUCAAAGAACUCGAUCUGGGUUCACCCGUUUCGCCAUUGACGACCCGGAGCUCUGUCAAUGGUGGCAAUGGCGGUGGUGUAGCCGCAACCACUUCAAGCUGUAGUUCAGGUACUUCUUCUGGCUCAGUUUCGAGCAAAACCAGCAAUGCCCAGUUGGGCAAAAGAUCGGAUUCCAAAUCCAACAACCACUCCGGCGAACUCUCGGUCUCGUCCGAAACAAGCCCGAGAGCCUCCGAGACGGUCCGAUCCGGUACGACGCCGCGUAAUUGGAAGCCGGCUCACCGGAGAUCGGUUUCUGCUGGACCACCAUUGAUCUACUCCGGUGGAAGCGUCAAUACCAGUAUCAGCACUAAUGCGAGUACUAAUACAGCAACUUCUUCAUCAUCUUCUACUUCAAUUGCCUCAACGACCACUGUGUUUCCAAGUGGCAAUAUAUGCCCAUCUGGGAAAAUCGUAAAAUCUGGAUUGGCCUGCAGAGCAAGCAACAAGACUGAUGUUUUGGGGUCUGGGUGCGGGAACUAUGGUCAUGGCAGCAUAGUGAGAGGUGGAGGUGUAAAAUUAGAUUCAAAUGUUAAUACAAGUGGUGGGAGUAAUGCUAAUGUACAGUUGGGUGGAGAGUCUGUGAUGGGGAAGAGGGCAAUGGGGAACUCUGAUCCAGAGGAGGUGAAGAAGGCUGGCAAUGAGCUUUACAGAAGAGGCCAUUUUGGUGAGGCAUUGGCAUUGUAUGAUCGUGCUAUAUCCUUGUCUCCGGAAAACGCUGCCUACCGGAGUAACCGGGCAGCGGCACUGACGGCGCUGGGGAGGCUGCCGGAGGCCGUGAGGGAGUGUGAGGAGGCUGUCAGGUUGGACCCUGGUUAUGGAAGGGCGCAUCAACGGUUGGGUUCUCUGUAUCUUCGUUUUGGGCAAGUUGAAAAAUCCUACCGUCACCUCUGUAUUCCUGGCCAACAGCCGGAUCAGUCUGAGUUACAGAAGCUGAAGUCACUCGAGAAACAUCUGAAACAAUGUGAGGAUGCCCGUAAGCUUGGCGAUUGGAAAAGCGUGCUUAGGGAAUCUGAGGCUGCCAUAGCAACUGGAGCAGAGUCCUCUCCUGAGCUAGUGGCUUGUAAAGCAGAAGCUCUAUUGAAGCUACAUCAACUCGAAGAUGCUGAAUCCAGCUUAACAAACAUACCAAAGUUUGAAAAUUACCCUUCUUCUUGCUUCCCAACCAAAUUCUUUGGCAUCCUUAUUGAAGCUUAUGUACUGUAUGUGAGAGCCCAGGUUGAGAUGGCAUUGGGAAGGUUUGAGAAUGCAGUAGUAGCAGCAGAGAAGGCUGGACUGAUUGACUGCAGUAAUGUUGAAGUUAUGAGGGUAUCAAAUAAAGUGAAGAAGGUUGCAAAUGCUCGUUCCCAGGGCAACGAUCUUUUUAGCUCGGGAAGAUUUGCUGAAGCCUGCUCUGCUUAUGGAGAGGGCCUCAAAUAUGAUAGCUCCAACUCUGUUCUCUAUUGCAAUAGAGCAGUUUGCCGGUCUAAGCUCGGACAAUGGGAAGAGUCUGUUGAAGACUGCAAUCAAGCCCUCAAGAUUCAACCUAAUUACACCAAAGCCCUUCUUCGAAGGGCUGUCUCUAAUGCAAAGCUUGAUCGAUGGGCAGAGGCAGUAAGAGAUUAUGAGGUCUUGAGGAGGGAACUUCCUGGAGACAAUGAGGUUGCUGAAUCUCUUCACAGGGCACAAGUUGCGUUGAAGAAGUCUCAUGGGGAGGAACUUCAUAAUGUGAAGUUUGGUAGUGAAGUGGAAGAAGUUUCUAGUUUGGAUAAGUUUAAAGCUGCAAUAUCAUCACCUGGUGUUUCUGUUGUUCAUUUCAAAGUUGAAUCCAAUGAGAAAUGUGAAGAAAUAUCCCCAUUCAUAAAUAUGCUUUGUGUUCGAUAUCCAUAUGUUAAUUUUUUUAAGGUGGAUGUGGAGGAGAGCUUAUCCAUAGCGAAAGCUGAGAGCAUAAGAACCAUUCCAACAUUUAAAAUUUACAAGAACGGAGAAAAGGUUAAGGAGAUGGUCCUUCCAAGCCAUCAGUUCUUAGAGGACUGGGUGAGAACCUGCAGCCUCUAGCAGACAUGCCCAUUUCUGGUCUGUCCUCAUAUUUUAUGGUAAUUCUCCUAGUAUUUACCAUUAAUCAUUUCAUACUAGGAUUACCAUUUUUACCUGUGACAUAAUCAGCAACUUAAUUGUUUCAGAAUUUAAAGGCAGAGAAAUCCUGCAGAGAGAAAUAGCUCGUUAGUCCACAUUUGGAAUUAUAUACAUAUAUAUUUUUUUAUUAAUUUUCUCUCUAGAUUAUUCCAUGCCUUUGGAUUCCAUUGGUUGUCCUUUUAAAGUUUUUUGCUUCAUAAUGCCAGCCUCAUAUUGUGUCCAUGUUCCUGAUUUUGAGUAAAGGAGCUGAGAAAAGUGUAUAGUUAAUUAUUAUGUCUCUUUGGUUGAGUAUUGUGGAGAGAGAAAGAGAGGAGCAGGGGGAGAUGUUGGCUGGUAGGUGGCAUUGUGUAAGAUCAUGUUACAUACACAUUUUUUCAGAUAUAAACAUUUACCUGCUUUUUCUUCUCACAGUGGUUUUUAUUUUCCAAUUUUGGAUGGAUGGUUCAAUGUAUCAGUAUCAGUUUUGAG